GAAUGUAACACGUCUGAUCUGCAUUGGAUCGAUUGGAUCAGUCCAUGCUUUGGAUGCGGCAGUCUUUUGCAUCAGUAGUCCAGGAAGUCAGCGCGUGGGCCUUUUAUGACCAUAUACGUAUCGAUCUUCUGAAAGGUUGCGCUGACUGGUGAAAUGUCAACCUCAAAACUACUAACCCUGGUUCUUGUGAUCGAGCCUGAGCGAGUUUUGCUUGGCAUGAAGAAGCGAGGAUUUGGGUCAGGGAAAUGGAACGGUUUUGGGGGCAAAGUUGAGACAGGAGAGACCAUUGAAGAUGGUGCGAGGCGGGAACUGAAAGAAGAAAGUGGUCUGGAAGUGGACGUCCUUGAGAAGAUUGGAAAUAUCAAAUUUGAAUUUGUUGGCGAAAAAGAACUUCUUGAUGUGCAUAUUUUCAGGUCGGACUCCUAUAAUGGAGAACCAAAAGAAUCGGAUGAGAUGCGGCCUCAGUGGUUUGACAUUGACAAAAUACCCUUCAGCCUGAUGUGGCCAGACGAUAUCCUCUGGUUUCCACUCUUGUUACAGAAGAAGAAAUUCCUAGGCUAUUUCAAGUUCCAGGGUCAAGACAAGAUCCUGAGCCACACAUUGGAUGAGGUAGAGGACCUCUGAAAGAGCACCCAAUGGUUGCCUGGAUAUCGUUACCCACGGAUGUAGUCAUAAAGGAGCAAACCUUUAUUUCGUUUUUGUAUCAUUUGUUAGAGGAGGUUGUUAAAAGGUGAGGGGGGUUACAGUUUCUGUAUUAUACACUUUAGAUGUGAGUAAACAACAUACUGUAUUAUGUGUGGGAUAAAUCUGUUCCACAUACUUUUGUUUUAAAAUUCAAGGAACGAAAAUGUCAAACAAUUAUUGUAAAUUCAUCAUCUUGAGCAUAAUAAACGUUUUAUAGAUCUUUA